AUGAGCAAAAAGUUCAAAUCUCAGGCCUCCAGCAGUCGCGCUGCUGCUGGUGCCUUUGGGUCUUUUGGCGGAUUUUCUGGAAGCAUCUCAAGUCAAGGAAAGGAGCCAUCUACUCUCACAUACAUCGCGGUACCACCAGAUCUUUCCCGCAUUGCGGAGCAGCAACUAGUCAUCGCAUUCAAGAAUUUGUUGAAAAAAGAUGAUAUCACACGGACAAAAGCCUUGGAAGAAUUGCGAGAUCAUAUAUCUGCGGUAGAAGGGAAAAAAGGAACUUUAGAUGACGGGUUUCUAGACGCAUGGGUUCGAAUUUACCCCCGACUGUCCAUUGAUCUAUCCCGCCGAGCACGUCAACUUGCCCAUUCAAUUCAAGGUUCAAUUGCUGGUCUGGCCGGGAAGCGAAUCGUACCCAACUUGCCAAAACUUAUUGGCGCAUGGAUCGCAGGAAUCUACGAUGAUGAUAAAUUGGUACAUCGGUCCGCUCUCGAGUCAUUUACGAAAGUCUUUUCAACGGACGAAAAAAGGAGCAAUGUGUGGAGAAUCUACCAGAGUUCCAUUCUGGAUUUUGUGGAUGAUGUCAUUCUUCACCAAACGCCUCUAACACUGAGUGAUGAGAGGACUGUCAAAAGAGACGAUGCCGAGGGAAAGUACGCCCGCGUUGCUGGAGCUGCAAUAAUGCUCUUCAAUCGUGUACUAAGCAAUUCGGCCGAUGAAGAAUUGGAAAAGAACUUGCCGGAAAUUGAAACUCUGUUGGCAAGCAAGUCCCUUUGGGCUCUCUGUCACCAUGAUGACGCAUAUGUUCGCCGGUCCAUCUAUGUUUUGCUCCGGACUGCUGUUUCCCGAGAGCCUAGAUGGGUUGACUGGCAGACCCUCGGUUCAGCUGUGAUUGGGAAAUCUUUGUCUCUCCAACAGACUGGCUCAGCAUCGGAAUUGUCUGAAUCGCUUCUUUUGUUGUCCAUAUCAAGGCCUCAAGUGUGGACCGAUGAUUACACUGGAAAGUCUUCUGCCUCAAAGCGGUUGCGCCAGUAUAUACAGAAGGGAUCACAGGGUGGGUCUGGUAGUUUCUGGUCGAAUCUAGAUCAAUUACUCCGAACUGUACCCCAUGAAAUACUGGCAGGUGCCGAUAAAGCUACUGCCGAUCAAGGAAUCACCUCUACGAGCGCAACCGCCUUGACUGAAGCUCUGCAAGAAGGGUUGAACUCAAGAGAAGAACCAAGACAGAACCUCACUAUCGGGUGGAAAUGCUAUAUUCAAAUGGCAACCUGGCUUGCGACGCUGAUUCCCCAGGAGCAAAAAGCCGAGUUCAUCGAGAAGAGAAUCUCCCCCUUGGUGGUGAAUUAUGUACGGCUUGACCCUGGAAUGACAAAAUGGUCGCUUCCGGCACAGUCAGCCGAGGAUAUCUGUGUCCAGUAUAUGUGCACCUUGGGUUCUACCGGACAUGAACAAGAAUUACAAUCAUUGUAUACAACCCUCUGCGACGGUCUAUUAGAAGCUGUCAAAUUAUCAUCACCAGAACAGUCAAAAGAUUUCCGCGAAUCUCAAGAUUCAAUAUGCGCCCAAGCAAAACGCCUCUUGGCUCUGGGGUCUGCUGUCCUUUCACGCAUUGCAGAUUCUAAGGAGCCCCGAGUCACUAAAAUCUUUGAAACAACAACCUCAUCUCUUCUUGAAAACUGUCUACAGGUCUUACGCUCUCGCAAUGGUAAGCCCUACGGAGCUGCUGGCGUGGUGGAGGAGUGUGUUCACAGCAUGCCAUUUGUUGCCAAGAAGUCUCAGGACUUGCGGAACUUCAUUCAAAAUGAUGCACCAGAGCUCUUGCUCUCACCAUCUGCCGAUAGAUUGAUCUCGACUAUCCUGUCGUGCCGGGAGUGGGAUGGAUUUGCGUCCAGCUUUGAGAAUAUUGUCGAGCAGGCCCUCGCGCUUGAGCCAGAACAGUCUAAUGUUAACGUGCUCCAAAGUUUGCUUUCCUCCCUCAACUUCAAUGAGGUUGAGCAUAAAGAGAAACUCAAUUCGCUUGUGGUGCGAGCUUUAGAUAAAGCCUGUCGCGGAAGUCAUUCGCAUUGGCCUAUCAUCACUGCUGUUCUCCAAAACAAAACAUCGCACGGUGAAUUGAUGGAAAAGAUAUUUUUGUCUUUGAUUGACGAGUUGUCCACGGCCCACAAGGUCUUGAACGCCUUGCAUGGGCUUUCGCAUAUUGGUAAGACUGCACCAUCUGCAAUUCGGGAGUUCCAAAACGGAGCGCACGGCUCAAAAUUAGCUGGCAAGCUUCUUUACCUCGCAGAGUCUUCUGAAGAAGAGGUAGCAAACUUAGCGGAGGCACUGUUGAAGUCCUUGAAAGAGGCAGGUGUUGGUGAGGCAAGUGCCAAAUCGGGUAUCGAAAUCCUUCAGCAUGGGUUUAACCACGUGGAUAAAGAAUCACUGUCAAUCGAGUCACUACUUGCUAUCGUGGAUGAAUUGCUUCCGAGCAUUACAGGUGAAGGUGCAACCGGUACCAUGAGGGAAAUACUUCCCUCUCACCAGGCAUGGGAAGAGGCUUUGACUCCUUUCCUCCAGCUUCCGCCUCGCCCCUCCAUUGCCAUCACGACUUCUCUGGGCGGUAUUAUCCAUUUGGUUCGGCGUGAGCUAUCUGAGUCUUUCCGCCUUUUAUGGUCUACUAUCCCUCGUGAUUCAGACAGUCGUUCUUCUGCAUUCCGCCUGGCAAUCUACACUAUCAGUGUUCUAUCUAGUUCCGGUUCCGAGAUCGUGAAACACUUGGAUCAGGAGGAUCUAGAGACUUUGUUCCGGUUCUUGCCUUUGGCCAUUCAACUCAUUGACGAUGAUCUGAGCAUCGAAAACAGUAACGGGAUUUCAGGCCUGGAGUCGGCUGAUCAACGAGAAGAGUACAUAGAGACUGUGCUCGAUGGCCGAACCGUCGUCAGCAAGUGGAUCAAGGGCAAUGAAUCGGUCGGAUUUGCUCCGGAGAAGACCAUUUCUUCCUUGUUCACCGCGUUUUGGGAAGCCAGACUGGAGGAGCUUAAAGGCACUUCUCCUGCUGACUACAGAGUUGGCGAAGCGUUCGUCAGAAUUAUGAGCGUUGUCGAUUCAUCUCAAAAGUCCAAGUCCUCAGAUGAUAUCGCACAGAUUUGCAGGGACGCCCGGUCAGCAAAUAUUAUCCGUUCAGCAUCCUGGUUUGCGGUUUUGCGAAGCUCGAUCCUUUCGAACCCAGUAGGGAACAGAAUUUGCAAUGAGCUGGUCGCCGAUUCUACCGUAAUCAAAGUGGAGGAUGUUUCCCAGAGUGGAUUGCAAAAACUUGCUUUGUUGAAUAUUCUCUUGUCUGGAGAAGAGGAUGUUGUCUCUACUAUUCCAACGCAGCGAUUAGUCUUCCUGACCAAAAAUUUGAUUGAGUGUGUCCGAUCAGACUCAAUCCCUCUUGGAUUGAAGUCCGAGAUCAUCAAAACCCUGUCUCUUAUUCUUCCAGCUCUCGGUGAAAUCUAUGGAUCCCACUGGGAAGAAUGCAUUGAUAUCUUGAGCUCUAUUUUUCGAGGAACUGGUGGCGGCGAAGACGGUUUACCAUUGCUGGACUCCUCUUUCAAACUCUUUUCACAGCUGAAGUCUAUAUCAGAGAGUGACAGCAAUGAAGAUGCACAAGAUGCCUGGGCCGCCCGAAAGGUUAAGCUCUUCACUGCUUUGGCAUCCACUAUUGAUACCUUUGAUUCCGCAACAACAUUCAACCAGCCUCGCGAUAUUGCGGUUGAACAUUUACGACGCCUGAUCAACAACAUCCCCGCCGAAAACCUUGAGGAUGUCAGUGAAACUUUCUAUCUUCUUACUGCGCAUAGUCGAGCAGUUCAACGAACUGCUUACACCAUUCUCCAUCACUACAUUCCUCACGCCCAAGAAAAAGUUUCUUUCGAGCUUGCUCUAUCAAAGGCAGCUGUCACUCUGCCUGAUGAGCUAAUAUCCCUACUGCUUGAACCUCCGUCAAUGCAAAUGGUCAACUCUGCCUAUGGAGAUGACAAGAUGUGGACCAGUAUGCGGUCGUACCUCCUCAGCUGGAAGGUUGUUUAUGAUCAUUUUACGAAUGCUUCGCUCCCUGUCCAAGAAUGUUAUGCAUCCAGCAUCAAGGAGAAUAACAUCCUGAUCCCACUAUUAGAGUUCACGUUCGACUUCCUCCAAAGGUCAGACGGAAAGAUAAUUGAUGCAUCUAAAUUCGAGAUCCAGUCAUUUGAGCCGGAUCAGUCUGAAAGUGCCGAAAAGGAAACUCAGUGGCUCCUGGUUCAUUUGUACUACCUGUGUUUGAGAUAUUCAGCCAACAUGACCAAGAACUGGUGGAUCGAUUCCAAGAAACGCAUCAAGGGCCCUGUGGAGACUUGGUCAGAGAGAUACAUCUCUCCACUUGUCGUGGAAGAUGCCCUCAAGGGUGUGACCGAUUGGGUCUCGACCUUAGAUCCCAACGAAGAGCGAGCCCUGGAGGUGAAAAUCUCCCAAAAGACCGGAGAGAUCAUUGCCAGCAUCCCCGUUGACGAGGAAUCUCCCCCAGUCGCCAUCUCAAUCACUCUCCCACCGGCAUACCCGCUCCAACCUGCGUUGGUCGUCGGUCGCAGCCGUGUGCUUGUGGAUGAGAAGAAAUGGAAAAGCUGGCUUCUGACAAUCCAAGGAGUAAUCAUGUUCGCCAAUGGAAAUCUGGUGGAUGGUUUGUUGGCCUUCCGGCGGAAUGUUCAAGGUGCUCUUAAGGGCCAGAGCGAGUGUGCUAUCUGUUACUCUGUUAUUUCAACAGAUAUGCAGACACCCAACAAGCGUUGUGCCACCUGCAAGAACACUUUCCACUCCGUCUGUUUGUUCCGGUGGUUCAAGAGCAGUAACCAAAGCACUUGUCCACUUUGCAGAAACAACUUUGUUUAUGUUUAG